UUCCUGGCGGGUUUGGAUUCUGCUGGCGGGACCGCCGCCGCGUCCGUCUCUUCCUGCCUCCUCCGGUGAUUUUGCGCCUGGCUCCCUCCUCCUUCGCCCCCUUCCGUCUCGGCCGGCAGGCGGAGGGAGUCCGUUCCAGUCGGGCCCGGAUCCAUCCCUCCAGGAUCGCGUGGGCCAGAAGUUUUGCCUCUCCCCUCUGACGCACUUUAAAGAGUCUUUCCCCCUUCAACCUCAAGGCGAGUAAUAGCGACCAAUCAUCAAGCCAUUUACCAGGCUUCAGAGGAAGCUGUUUAUGUGAUCCGCGGCACUAAUUAGGCUCAUGAACUAACAAAUCGUUUGCGCCACUUUGGGCAAAGGGACCCCGAUCGCUCGCCUGCCAUGGAUUGCCGCUGGACUUAAAAGGGGCCGCCUCGGGCGCUGCGCGGAGGAAGGAAGGAAGGAGCGAGCGGGAGGGCGGACGGGGGGUGGGCGAAGUAAAGGGGGGUGGGAGAAGAAGAAGAAGGAAAAAAAGCCAGAACUUCGCCCAGCAACUUUUUUUCUCCCCUUAGUGGAUGAAGGGAGCGCGGGAGCCGAGCGGAGCGGCUGCAGAGAGCGUCUCCCUUUCGGGCGCUCGCCUCUUCAGGCGGCCAAGCAGUUUUCCUCCUGUUGCCGUCGCUGGCGGCCGUUCGGCGGCCGGACUCUGGAUCUAGGCGGGCCGAUCCCUCCGAUCUCCUGGCCAGGACCCCGAGGAGGAGGAGGAGGAGAAGCGGCGGCGGCGGCGGCAAGCGGCAGGCCGGCCGGAGGAGCGUCUGCUCGUCGCCAGGAUGUUCCAGCCUACCCCGAAACGCUGCUUCACCAUCGAAUCUCUGGUGGCCAAAGACAGCCCUUCGUUGCCCGCCUCCCGCGCCGAGGAUCCCAUCCGGCCGGCGGCGCUCAGCUAUGCCAACUCCAGCCCCAUGAAUCCUUUUCUCAACGGCUUCCACUCGGGCGGCCGGGGAGUUUACUCCAACCCGGACUUGGUCUUCGCCGAGGCUGUCUCGCACCCGCCGAAUCCCGCCGCCGUCCCGGUCCACCCCGUGCCCCCGCCCCACGCCCUGGCCGCCCAUCCGCUACCUUCCUCUCCCUCGCCGCACCCGCUCUUCGCCUCGCAGCAAAGGGACCCGUCCACCUUCUAUCCCUGGCUCAUACACAGAUAUCGGUAUCUGGGCCACCGGUUCCAAGGUAAAAGUUUGGUUUCAGAAUCGACGGACAAAGUUCAAGCGGCAGAAGUUGGAAGAAGAAGGCUCGGACUCCCAACAGAAGAAGAAAGGAACUCAUCAUAUUAACCGGUGGAGGAUCGCCACCAAGCAGGCCAGCCCAGAGGAGAUCGACGUCACGUCCGACGAUUAAACCACCCCUUUAAACAAGUAGAAAAAGAAGCAGCAAAAAGAGAGAGAGAGAGAGA